UUUUCUUAUUCAUGGGAGUAGAGACUUCGAUUCUUUCAAGUCAAGACGAACUUUUAUCCGGGUGAAGUCCAAGACUCCGAUGAAGAAAUCUCCUGUACGGUGGUCCGAUCUGCCACCUGAACUUUGCCUGCUCAUCGGAAAACGCCUCGAAACCUACAUCGAUGUCCUCCGAUUUCGCAGCGUCUGUAAAUCGUGGCGAGCUUCUCUUCCUCGUUUCGACGGCAUUUCUCCUCUUUCACCUCUUCAAUUCCCUUCCCCCACCAAAGCUCGCCGUGGUUACCUUGCCUCUGGCCACACCUUACUCCACCGAAGGAUAAUCUAUUGUUUCAGUCCUCUCCAUCAUCAUCAAACUUCUAACUCUUCUUCUUCAAGGUUGUUUACGAAGGAUAAGAGCACAAAACUCGGUACAAUCCGUUUUGUAGAUCUGUUUUCUAAUCUAUUAGUUGUAUUGGAUGACGAAACCUUUCGGAAGGAUGUAAACUUCCUCGAUUUUCGAAUUUAUGAGGUUGCGAAAUCGUAUGCGCUUCAAUACACUCGUGGUGGUCUUGUUUCUAGAAUUACCAAGGUUAUAAUGUACCCUGAUUCUGGUUUGACCGAUCUUAGGACCAGAAUCAUUGUAGCAGUUUAUGGAAGAGGUAAAUUAGGGUUUGCAAAACAUGGAGAUGACAAUUGGACGCUAAUCGAUGACGAUAAUUUUCACUACAACGACGUGAUUGUGUACAAGGGGCAGGUUUAUGCUGUUGAUAAAUGGGGAACAGUUUUCUGGAUCGAUUCAUCGAUGAAAUCGGUACAGUUUUCUGUUCCAUCGUGUGGUUUUGGGGAUCAAAAACAUUUAGUGGAGUGUGGCGGCGAACUCUAUGUUGUGGAUCGAUUUCUGCGCAAACCUGAUCCAGAUGAUUGCAUACGCAAUAAUCCUCGCAUUGUAACUGAUUUCAAAGUGUACAUGUUGGAUCAAGAUUGGGGAAGAUGGGUGGAUGUGAAAAAUUUGGGGAAUCAAGCCAUUGUUUUGGGGGACGGUAGCUGUUUCUCUGUUUCGACUUCGGAAAUUGAAGGGUUUCAAGCGAAUUGCAUAUAUUUUAACCACAAACAAAAAGGGAGGUUCAGCCAGGACUGUGUUCCUGCUGUGUUCGAUCUCAAAGAAAGAAGGAUUUUGGAAGCCUCCAUCCAUGGGAAUGCAACAAGGUGUGGUGCGUUUCAGUGGAAGCUGUAGACUCCCAACAUGGCUCUGUAGCCUCUAACCAGGUAUUCUCUAAGGAUCAUCGGAGAUAAUGUUAUGCACUUUUAUGAAUGUACAGUUUGUGUGCAGUGUAAAUUGUAACUAUUUUGAUCCAUCAAUGAUCAUGAGAGCUUAUUUGAAUUGUGAACAC